ACACAAAGCUUAUUUGCAAUUCAUUUGUUUGGAAGAACGGCUGAAAGUUCUUCAGCGGCGCUAAUCGCCUAAGGUUUGAAUGCUCAUUGUCUCAGUCAUAUUCAAAUGGGUAUCUUCAAUCAUCUUCUAAAACCUCACUCUUUUUCGUUAUUUGCAAGGAGUAGAACAUGACGUCUUCAACCUUCAGCUCUCUUUCCUGUUUACUCAAGGAUGAAUCACAGAUUUUGAAGCUUAGAAAGCGAAGUGUAGGGAACGUGUUUUUUAAAUGUUCAAUGAGCGUUAAAUCUCAAAACCCACAGCCGGAAGUUCGCAUUGGUGUGCUUGGAGCUAGUGGCUACACUGGUUCGGAGAUUGUUAGGCUUCUAGCAAAUCAUCCACACUUUGGAAUUACUCUCAUGACGGCUGAUAGGAAGGCUGGUCAACCGUUUUCAUCAGUAUUUCCUCAUCUAUUCACACAAGAUCUUCCAGAGUUGGUAACCAUCAAAGAUGCAGACUUUUCAAAGGUGGAUGCCAUAUUUUGCUGCUUGCCACAUGGGACAACCCAGGAAGUUAUUAAAGCGCUUCCCAAGGAAUUAAAGAUUGUGGACCUUUCAGCUGACUUCCGUUUGCAAGAUCCAUUUGAAUAUGAGGAGUGGUAUGGUCAGCCACAUAGAGCAGUGGAUUUGCAGAAAGAAGCCGUGUAUGGUUUAACAGAAAUUUUGAGGGAUGAAGUCAAGGGUGCUCGUCUUGUAGCCAAUCCUGGUUGCUAUCCAACAUCUAUUCAACUUCCUCUUGUACCACUAAUGAAGGCUAAUCUAAUUCAACUUGGGGGCAUCAUUAUUGAUUCUAAGUCUGGAGUCAGUGGAGCUGGACGUGGUGCUAAAGAGGCAAAUUUAUACACGGAAAUAGCUGAAGGCAUGUACUCUUAUGGAAUUACCCGCCAUCGUCAUGUUCCUGAAAUUGAGCAGGGACUAUCUGAAGCUGCAAAGUCAAAAGUAACUGUCAGUUUUACGCCACACCUAAUGCCAAUGAUUCGAGGUAUGCAAUCAACUAUAUAUGUUGAAAUGGCUCCAGGGAUAACUACUGAGGAUUUGCACCAACACUUAAAAGUCUCCUAUAAGGAAGAAGAAUUUGUACGCGUGUUGGAUAAAGGAGUUGUCCCUCGUACUCAUAAUGUCCGAGGGUCUAAUUAUUGCCACAUCAACAUCUUUCCUGACCGUAUUCAAGGAAGAGCAAUCAUCGUUUCUGUUAUUGAUAAUCUUGUGAAAGGGGCUUCAGGUCAAGCCCUACAAAAUCUCAAUUUGAUGAUGGGAUUCCAUGAAACUACAGGGCUCCUUUAUCAGCCCUUGUUUCCUUAACACCCUUGUUCCUGUUAAUGGUUUGAAAAGAACUUGUUACAUGAUGAUGAAGAUGCUACAAUAGUGGAAACUCCAAAAUAUAUCAUAAGAGUUCUCAGACGAUGAAAAAUAAGUUUAGGGCAUUUGUUCAAAGAAUGCGUGUAAUGUUCUCUUCUAAUUUAAGCAGCACUUGUUUUGUUGAUACCUUUCUUCUCAUAAACAAAGCUGAGCUAAAUUAUUCAGUUUUUGCCUGUGGAAUAUACCUUUGAUUUUCUUUCGGGGAAAAUUUUGUUUCAAAACCUAGUAGCCAAAUUUUACAAGUA